UUUCUCUUCCAGGGGAUGAACAAUCAGUACGUCCGCCGGGAGGUCUUCUGCCGGAACACCUGUCACGAGCUCAAACACUUCUGGGAAAGGGAAAUCGGCAAACAGACCUUCUACCGAGAAUCGGAGGAGCGGCGCCUGGGGAGAAGUGCACUGAGAAAGCUCAGAGAAGAAUGGAAGCAGAGACUGGAGACCAAGCUGAGGCUGAGGAACCAUCCAGAUGAGACCGAAAAGCAGGCAGACGUUGGCCAAGAGCUUCUGGCUUCCUUGACGCAAGAGGACACGGAGCACUGAGGCCGCUCUGCUGGGAGAGCCGUGCCCGUGGCUGAUCCCUUCGCUGUGCCCGCCAGGUCGCACCCACUGUCACCCCGAACCUGGGGGUCUGCAGCAGACCCUUCCCAGUGCUCAAUUGAGCCGUCAGCCAUGCCAGGCCUCUCUGCAGGUCUCACCGAUGAGAUUAUUAGAUACCAAAGCUCAUGUGGCAUCUUCAUUGCCAUGGAAUUAUCGUCUAGUUUUGAAAUCCAAAUAUUUUCAGUUCUAAGCACGCUAGAGGGAUGAUCUUCACAGCCAAACUUGAAACAUUGCCCAGUAGUUCUGCUCCCCAUUGUCCUCGUAGGACGCAGUUUCAUGUAACCCUUUCUCUUGUCUUCUUCUGAGAAGAAAAAUGCAUCUGCAGGAAUUAAAAUAUUGUAAAUAGUCGUGAAAAUAAGG